AUGCUGCAGGCGGCGCUAAGGCUGUGGUCCUCUUUGCCGAAGAGAUCGACAACCGGAGCCAAGAGUGUGCAGGCCUGCGCAGGGCCGCUUUACAAUGAUGUGCGUGGGAUCGCACGAGUCCGAAUCAACCGUUACACUGGUGUCAAGGCAGUGAAAAUGAGUCCUCCCAAGACUGAAUGGCAGGCGGCCGCUGAGAAGGAGUUUCUGCAAAUGCGAGCGUCGAUACCGAAGGACGAGCUUCUCUGGCAUUUGACCCCAGAUGAUGUUCGGCAUCUGUCUCCCGAGAUGAGAAAGUGCUUGACACUGCGCUGUGCAAGCAACAGAGAUGUUUCCAAGUGGAGGGCCCAUCAGCUCAUCCGCAAGUUUCAGCGACGCCCUUUCGACACGAACAGCCACGCUGUGCGAAUUGCUUGCCUCACGGAGAAGAUUCUGCGUUUGCGAGCACAUUUGCUGAGGACAGAUAUGGGUGGUCCUCAUCAAGAAGCCAAAGAGUCGAUGAGGAAAUGCCUCACGCGGCGAAAUAGAGCCAUGAAAGUGCUGUACAAGGUGGACUACCCGCUCUACAAACACACGUGCCAAGAGCUGGGAAUCAGAUGCAUUCGAUAUGCGAUUCCCAUGAAAUCAGACCCGCAGACGAUGAUCAACGCGCAAGCUGUCGAUGGUGAUCACGCAAAAUGGCUCAUUCGGCAGCGGAUAUACAAAGCCAAAUUCCGACCUCGGGAACUACGUGAACCUGGCUCUCAAAGGAGAAUUCGAUGGUCACGUCACCCGAUGGAGCCGGUGCCGGCGAGCCAUGGCAGGCCCAAAGCCACGCCGCAGCAAGUCUCAACCGCCUGGCCGUAUGGAGUUCGACAAGACAGAGUCGAAGGGAAGCAGGUCGUGUACAAUCCAACAGCGGCUGGCCGGGGCUUCCAGCCUGCAAAGAUGAAAAUUGCAGGUGGACGUGCUCAGGAGCCUGAGUGA